CCUCAGGAAAAUACUACACUUUGCAAAGAAUUACUUGACAUUUAUGAAACUGCUAAAGGCUUCGUUGUUCGACAUUCCCGUAUUUUUGGUAUAUUAGAUUUGUCUGGAGAAUAUACAAAGAUUAAGAAUCUUUUCACUAAAGAAGAUUGGACGGAAACUUUUAACGAAGCAGUUGAAUUUAAAGAUAUAAAUGAAAAAAAGGGGUUAUGA